UCAAAGCCGACCGACCGACCGACUUCACGGGACGACUGGUCGAAGGUGCCACCAAACCAACUGCCGAAACCUGGUUCGAAUGGGUUCUUCCUCGAGCAACGCCAGGGAAGCGGCGGCGGCGGCGCCACCGCCACCACCUCCUGCGCCGCCGGGCCCCCUCCACGCGAUGGACGCGGACGAGGACGACGAGAGCGUGAAGCAGCUCAACGAGUGCGCCGCCCUCUACCUCUCCCUCCAGGACUGCCUCGCCGAGUCCGACCGCAACUGGAAGGCCUGCCAAGCACAUGUUCAAGCCUUGAAAGCAUGUGAGGCGAGCAGAAACAAAAAUCAGAAAACAUGAAAAAUGCGCCUUCGUACAGGCCGCAUGCUCAAGGCAUCUCACUCAUAUCAUCUUCGUGAAGACAAGAGCACAACAUGCUGAGUUCGCAGCUGUUGAUGAAGAAUAUUUGCAACAUCACAACUUGUAGUGUGCUUUGACUGAGACGUGGACGAUCAGAUUGCUUUUAUUUGCAACAACCACUACACUAGAUUGGAUGUUUCAAAUAUUACUUGUCAAUUCUAAUAAAUGUCGGCAGUAUUGACAUAUUUGCCAAACAGACUAUUAACGCAAAUCAGUAUUAUUGCUGCA